AAAAAACGUUUUGUUGCCACGGUGUUCAUUCCGGUUAGCCGUAUUACAUCACUCCGCAAGACAGAUCCAAACUGCUAUUUCAUUAGCUUCGUCUCCUCUACAAGCGGCCCACUCUUCUCUUCUCUUUAUGAAAUAGAAUUAUUUUCUUCGCUUUCUCCUCUUCCUCCACCUCAUCGUCUUCUUCCUCUUCUCUACAACGUUGGUGGCUGUCAAAAAUCUCCAAGUGAAUCAAGAUGGUUGUGCUCGCUUCUUCAAUUAUAAGCAAGUCUGGGAAAGUGCUUGUUUCUAGGCAGUUUGUGGAUAUGUCUCGUAUAAGAAUUGAGGGUCUUCUUGCGGCUUUCCCUAAGUUGGUAGGCACUGGCAAACAACAUACAUAUGUUGAGACAGAAAAUGUGCGCUAUGUUUACCAGCCGAUAGAAUCUUUGUACUUGCUACUUGUUACAAACAAGCAGAGCAAUAUAUUGGAAGAUUUGGAGACUUUGCGGCUGCUCUCUAAACUUGUACCUGAAUAUUCUUUAUCCCUAGAUGAAGAAGGUAUAUGCAGGACAGCAUUCGAGCUGAUUUUUGCUUUUGAUGAAGUCAUCUCUCUUGGGCACAAGGAAAAUGUGACUGUUGCACAGGUUAAGCAGUACUGUGAGAUGGAGAGUCAUGAAGAGAAGUUGCAUAAGCUCGUAAUGCAGAGCAAGAUAAACGAAACCAAGGAUGUUAUGAAACGGAAAGCUAGUGAGAUUGACAAAAGCAAGAUUGAUAGGGGCAGAGUUGAAAAGGGUGGAUUUAUGUCUUUACAGUCAAUGGGAUCUGGAAGAAUUGAGAGUACCUUUAGUGAUAUGAGCAUAUCUAGUAGUGGAAGUGGGGGUUUCGGAGGUGGUUCUGGUUUUGGAUUGAGCACUGAUAUUGACUCAUUUUCUACAAAGACCAAAGGUCGUCCACCUUCAUCUGCCACCGCUCCUCCAAAGGGUUUAGGUAUGCAGCUGGGAAAAUCACAAAGGACCAACCAAUUUUUAGAGUCCCUGAAAGCAGAGGGGGAGGUGAUUCUUGAAGAUGUACAGCCAAAAGCAGGCCAGUCUAAAUCAGCUGCUCCACCUCUAACUGAUCCCGUCACUUUGAAUGUUGAAGAGAAGCUCAAUGUUACACUUAAACGUGAUGGUGGAAUGAGCAACUUUGAUGUUCAGGGGACAUUAUCUCUGCAAAUUCUUAACCAAGAAGAUGCACAUAUCCAAGUCCAGAUUGAAACUGGUGCAAAUCCUGGCAUCCUUUUCAAAACACACCCUAAUAUGAACAAAGAACUGUUCUCCAAUGAAAACAUUCUAGGCCUAAGGGAUCCUUCUAGGCCUUUUCCCACCGGUCAAGCUGGUGAUGCAGGAGGUGUUGGUCUUUUGAAGUGGAGAAUGCAGACUACAGACGAGUCAAUGGUGCCCCUGACAAUCAACUGUUGGCCCUCUGUUUCUGGGAAUGAAACUUAUGUCAACAUUGAAUACGAAGCUUCACAGAUGUUUGAUCUGCGAAAUGUUGUCAUCUCAGUACCUCUGCCAGCUCUUCGAGAGGCUCCACGAGUAAGCCAGGUUGAUGGUGAAUGGAGAUAUGAUUCAAGGAAUUCAACGUUAGAGUGGUCCAUACUUCUUGUUGAUAACUCGAACCGCAGUGGAUCGAUGGAGUUUGUUGUUCCCCCAGCAGACUCAUCUGUAUUUUUCCCCAUUUCUGUGUGUUUCUCCGCCACUAGUACAUUCAGUGACCUGAAGGUUGUGAACAUUUUACCUCUGCAAGGUGGAAACCCUCCCAAGUUCUCUCAAAGAACGCAGUUGAUCACAGAGAAUUACCAAGUGGUGUGACCGGUUGGGGUGUCAGUUUGCAACUAGAUUAUCACUUUCUGCUACAUUUUUGGACACGGAUUAAAUUCUAAAUCAACAAUUUAUACUUUUUGGUGUUUUUUCCCCCAUUCAAUUUGAGAUGAAGGAUGCCAAGAGUUACAUUUUUAUAAAUUUGAACCUAAUGUUCUUAGGAUGCCUAUACAAUCUACUGUCUUUCAUGUGUGUAUCUGCCAGACUUUGGAUACUAUAAAUCGUCAUGUCAUUUGAUUCUGUACAUCAGUUUUUAUCCCGACUUUA